CUCUCGCCGGCCCUGCCCUGCUCCGUUCUUUCCUGACGGACCGGGAGUGCACAGGGGCGGACGUGACCAUGACCCAGGCCGAAAAGGGAGACCCGGAGAACGGGAAGGAGAAGAGCGGCGAGAAGGAGAAGGAGCAGCGCGGCGUGAAGCGGCCCAUCGUGCCCGCGCUCGUGCCCGAGUCCCUGCAGGAGCAAAUACAAAGCAACUUCAUUGUUGUGAUCCACCCGGGCUCCACCACUCUGAGGAUGGGGCGAGCUACAGAUACCCUCCCAGUCAGUGUCCCUCACGUCAUUGCCCGGAGACACAAGCAGCAAGGCCAGCCCAUGUACAAAGACAGCUGGCUGCUCAGAGAGGGGCUCAAUAAGCCUGAAAGUACUGAACAGAGACAAAAUGGCCUCAAAAUGGUGGACCAGGCGAUAUGGUCCAAAAAGAUGUCAAAUGGUGCGAGAAGGAUCCCAGUGUCCCCAGACCAGGCUCGAUCCUAUAACAAGCAGAUGCGGCCAGCAAUUUUAGAUCACUGCUCUGGAAAUAAGUGGACAAACACAUCUCAUCACCCUGAAUAUUUAGUGGGAGAAGAGGCUUUGUAUGUGAAUCCUCUGGAUUGUUAUAACAUUCACUGGCCUAUUCGGCGGGGUCAGUUCAAUAUUCAUUCUGGCCCUGGGGGCUCCCUCACAGCCAUCCUGGCAGAUCUCGAAGCAAUAUGGUCACACGUGAUACAAAAAUAUUUGGAAAUCCCCCUGAAAGACCUAAAGUAUUACAGGUGCAUCUUGCUGAUCCCAGAUAUUUAUAACAAGCAGCAUGUGAAAGAGAUUGUGAACAUGACCCUCAUGAAGAUGGGCUUCUCAGGCAUCGUGGUCCAUCAGGAGUCCGUGUGUGCCACUUUUGGGAGCGGCCUGGGCAGCGCAUGCAUCGUGGAUGUCGGGGACCAGAAGACGAGCGUGUGCUGUGUGGAAGAUGGGGUUUCCCAUCGGAACACUAGGCUGUGCCUGGCCUAUGGCGGCUCCGAUGUGUCCCGGUGCUUCUACUGGCUCAUGCAGCGUGCCGGCUUCCCAUACCGGGACUGCCAGCUCACCAGCAAGACGGACUGCCUCCUCCUGCAGCACCUCAAGGAGACCUUCUGCCACCUGGACCAGGACAUCUCCGGCCUCCAAGACCACGAGUUUCAGAUUCGACACCCCGACUCCCCAGCCCUGCUUUACCAGUUUCGUCUGGGGGAUGAGAAGCUCCAGGCCCCCAUGGCCCUAUUCUACCCGGCAACCUUUGGCAUCGUGGGUCAGAAGAUGACCACACUGCCCCAGCGGUCGCAGGGAGACCCCGAGGACCCCCACGAUGAGCAUUACCUGCUGGCCACGCAAAGCAAGCAGGAGCAGUCCUCGAAGGCGACUGCUGACCGCAAGUCCAUGGCCAAGCCGGGGGGCUUCGACAGCGACCUGCGCAGUCAGGCCUCAGACCUACCGGAGAGGCUCCAUCCCCAGGAGGUGGAGCUGGGGCCGUCCCAGAGCGACUGCCUGAUGGGGGCCAACGAGUCUGAGGAGGCCCCCACGGCGCUCAUGUCCAGGAAGACCGCCGUCUCCCAGUUUGAGGGCAAAGCGCUCGGCUUGGACAAGGCCAUCCUGCACAGCAUCGACUGCUGCGCCUCAGAUGACACAAAGAAGAAGAUGUACAGCUCCAUCUUGGUGGUGGGGGGCGGCCUGAUGUUCCCCAAGGCCCAGGAGUUCCUGCAGCACCGAAUCCUGAACAAGAUGCCCCCAUCCUUCCGGAGGGUCGUCGAAAACGUGGAAGUCAUCACAAGGCCAAAGGACAUGGAUCCUCGCCUCAUCGCGUGGAAGGGCGGAGCCGUGCUGGCCUGCCUAGACACCACGCAGGAGCUGUGGGUCUACCAGCGGGAGUGGCAGCGCUUUGGAGUGCGAAUGCUGCGCGAGCGAGCGGCCUUCGUGUGGUGAGCCCGGAGCGCGCCGCGCGGGACAGCAAGCCACGCGGUAUGGAAGACUCGUGUCUCCUUUUUUCCUAUUUAUUGUCCUUGGGUUGGGGGCUUGUCGGACGAGACGUGGAAGCGGCUCUGCGGGGGCUCGCGCGGCCUCCGUUUCAGAAUCGCCUCGUGGGCUGUGGUCGGGCACUUUGGAAUAAACGUUUGGCCUUGC